GUGGAAAGCUCCGAGCAUCAGCUCUAACAGAUCCACACUGGCUCCUCUUUUUCCUCCUUCCUCCUUCUCGUCUGUCGGUGGCUGUCAGACUCUUCAGGUUCUAAUUUCCAAAGGCAAAAACUUGGCAUCGUCGCUGUUCAGUAUAGAAUACAGCAGCUUGGCGCGCGCGCACGCUGCGCACUGAGGAGAGCCCGUUAGGUUAAUUCUGUUCUAGAAGUUCUACUUUUUUUUUUUUUUUUACUUUUCUUCAACUUUGCAGUAUUUUUUUUAUUUUUAUUUUUUCGAGGAUGCUCGUCUCUGCGUGGAAUAGAUGUUGCGUUGCGGUGUUUCUCGUGGCCGCGCUGAGGACGGGAGCGUGCCAGGUGUCAGAGGCGCGCCCGAAGGCGAACUCCAUCAAGCCCGCGCUGCUGGGGGAGACGCCGACCCCGGCCACCAACCGGUCCGCCGCCUCCACCAAGAAACACAACGUCCUCGCACAGCAGGUGUAUCCUUGCAGCAGUGACAGGGAGUGCAGCGUGGGCAGCUACUGCCACAGCCCCCAGCAGGCGCCGUCCCGCUGCCUCACCUGCCGCCGCAGGAAGAAGCGCUGCCACCGAGACGCCAUGUGCUGCCCCGGGAACCGCUGCAGCAACUAUAUCUGUGUUCCCAUUUCUGAGAGUGUGCUUUCACCUCACAUCACAGCGUUAGACGAGCACAACAAACUCUCCACCAAGGAUCACAGCUGGAGAAAGAGUGGGAAGUCGCACACUAAACACACUCUGAAAGGGCACGAGGGGGAUCCGUGCCUGCGCUCGUCCGACUGCUCGGACGGCUACUGCUGCGCCCGUCAUUUCUGGACCAAAAUCUGCAAACCCGUGCUGAGGCAAGGCGAGGUGUGCACCAAGCAGAGGAAGAAAGGCUCUCACGGCCUGGAAAUCUUCCAGCGCUGCGACUGUGCCAAAGGUCUCUCGUGCAAGGUGUGGAAAGACGCCACCUCCUCGUCCAAGUCCAGACUCCACAUGUGCCAGAAGGUCUGAUGCUGAGGCAGCUGCUGCGAGCAUCGGCGUCUCUGUCUCCACCGGCCAGGAAAAGUUUUUCUUUAAAAGGAUGGGUUGCGGCUGUAUUGAAAAAAGGAGUAGAAGACAAAGACUAACAGGAGACAGAAGAGACUGUGUGGGUUCACGCAAUUCGACGAGCGGAGAGCGAAUGGGAAGGCUUUCAUGUGCUUGCUGCAAGUGGUCCGUCCAGGCGAUCACACACGGAAACGUGCCUGAAUAAUCCUUAACUUAGUCAAGUCUUGAAAUGUUUUUUUGACACAAAUGAGAAUUAUUGGUUUGGGGGAUACCUUUUCUUUUGUCCACACACGUCUAAGAAGAAUGUACGAACAGAUUUAGGCCCCUUUAAGAGUGAUAAGUAACUAUAGACACACAAAUCAAUGCUUUUGUGUUGUUUUUUCAAUCAAGCUUUCUUAUCUCAUUCAGGGAGCCGUGGUGUUAGUCAGUCUGUGCUGUAUUCAAUGUUUUUUAAAUGGAAGCAAUGGAUGUUGACAUCUACAUACGCUCAAGACAUAUUUUUUCAUUUCCGAUCAAACUCCCAAGUUAUUUACUUCCAGACUCGCCAUGCCAUGAGAUCUGAGUUACACCAUUUUAUUCUCUUUUGUCAACUUUCAGGAUGUCUCUUUCCAUUUAGUUUCUGUAGCUCUCGAAGAAUCGCUCUGCAAAACAUUUAGAGCUGGCAACAGUGUCCAGACACUGCAGAGACUGACCAUAUUGUAUGAAGAACUAAUUGUACACACAGUCCACUCACUUCUUCAUAAUAUUCUUAAACCAAAGACUGACAGAACAUUGACAUUGAAAUGAUGAGUUUCAUGUGGGACAUUAAACCCCUAUUUUUAGCCAUGAGAAAAGAGAUAAGUAUUGUGUUCGUUUGAUCUGUCGGCAUACAGCUGUAAUCUAUUUUCAUACAGUUGUGUGGGUUCGAAAUGUUUGUACUGAGGCAGCGAUGUGCUGCAGACUCCGCGGUUCCAUUAGCAGACCCAGAAGGGCUCUGCUUUUCUAAUCACAUGAACGGGAUUCAAGGAUUUGAUGGAAUAUGCGAUUUGUUUCCAUUUAGAAAGCCAGUAGGAGAGAAGAUGUGAGAUGACUGAUUAGAGUUAGAAAAAUGCGCCAUGAAAGUACAUUUUUCAGAGGGUUGGAGAUUGAAUCAUCGUCUUGUUGAAGGCAUGUGACUGCCGACACUUUUCUCAGAACAUUUUGAGGAUUUUUGUGUAACUUUGAAUCGAUGCUUUUAACAAGUGCCAUGGCUUUAAAGGACCACUCAAAUAUCGUGUCACAUUUGCCUCUUUUUGCUUUAAUAUGUUUUAAAACAUCAAGUCCAUAUAUUUUGUAACCGUUUAGAAUACACAAUAAGCUCUUAUAUUGUAAAUAGACAUGAAACUAUGAAAAUGUAUUUAAGAGUGGAUGUACAGCCGGAAUCGCAAAAAGGUCGGAGCGAUGUGUAAAUAAUGAAUAAAGCAGGAUGCAAUGUUAUCCAGAGCCGGAUACAGACGAUACGUAAAAUGUUAAAAGUGAGACGCUUCACCAUUUCAUCUUAAAAAAACAAAAAACAAGUUAGAAGAAGUGGGAACAUAUGUUGGAAAAUUAAGUGAUGCUAACUGGAAAAACCUUUUGCUUUGCAGUGACUUACAAUAUUUCAAACAAGUCAGGGAAGGAACAACUUAGAAAGACACGAAUAUAAGAGAACGGAUGUUUGUCAGUCUGUCAAACAAUGUGUCUUUGAGGAUCGGCCCAUCUGCAAUGUCUAAUAUCAUCCAAUAAUUAAAGGAAUGUUGAGAAAUCUCAGGUAACACGAUCAAAGGUCAAUGCUGGAUAUUUUGGCAGCGCUGCAUCGUGAGCAGGCCUGAUUCCGGACUGGAAAGCAUCACGCGGGCUCAGGAUCCCUUCUAGAACCCAUCGUCUGGGAACGCUGUGUAAUCCUCGGUUAGAGAUGUAUUAUCUUUCAGGAUAUUCCAGCCAGACGACGUCAAACUACAUACUGCAUUCAUCACAACAGCAGGACUGCAGAGUACAAUAGUUUGGCUGCUAAAUUGGCCUUCCUGCCGUUCAGGCCUGUCAGUAAUAGUCAGAAAAGCAUAAGGGAUACUUUAGAAGCCUAAACAUGGCAUUCUAAUAACUUUUCAGGCUAUUUAACCACAUAACACUUGAAAUGAUGAUUUGAUUUCAGCUGGCUAAAUAUUCUUUUGUAGAAAAAAAUGGGUUUAAGAAAUUGCAUCCUGUUUUAUUUACAUUUAAACCAUUGUCACAACCUUUUUGGAAGCUGGGGUGUACGUCAUGUACAUAUAAUUACAUGUGAAUCAUAAACAUUAUAGCAAAAUGAUCUAGGUGGGAAACGUCACGUCAGAUGGAAAAUUAAAAAAAAAAGGUUCAAAAUGGAAGGUUUCAUGAUACGAGGAGAAAAGAAUAGUUGGCUUUUAUUCAUAUAACAAACAGGACUUAUUGAAAAGAAUAGGACAUUGUCUUCC